AUGGCCAAGUUUGACGAGAAUUGCACUUUCAGCUCCGUCGACUUGACAUUGUUGGCUUCAAAGCGACCCAAGAUCAUGAGUCGAGUUUUAGUUGCCGUCAUGGACCUCUUAACCAAAAAGGUCGUGAAGCCCAUUGGUCCAAUUUCGACAGUUGGUAUUGGAGAGGUUGAGGCAGCCCUUCGAAUGUUGCAAAGCGGCAAGACGAGUGGCAAGUUGAUUGUCAGUCAUACGGCAUCCAACCAAAAAGUCAAGGCCACUCAUCCAAGUCAGACGUCCUACCUGCCACCAGAUGGCACAUAUGUCAUCAUCGGCGGUACUGGCGGCGUCGGAAAAUCCCUGGCCCGAAGGAUGGUUCUACGAGGCGCCCGUCAUGUGGUUCUUCUCUCUCGCUGUAGCGCUAUGACAAGCGAGCUGCAACAGCUUAUCCAGGACUGCCACAGCGAAGGCGCUUCGAUUCAUGUCAGGCAAUGUGACGCUUCGGAUGGUGCUCAGGUUAGCGCCCUCGUCAAAGAGCUGCAAGGCGUUUUGCCUGCCGUCAGAGGCGUCAUCCAUGCUGCCAUGGUGCUUAAGGAUAUCUUGUUCGAGAAGAUGACUUUUGACGAAUAUCAAGACGUUGUCCGGCCUAAGGUUGAUAGCGCUUGGAAUUUCCACGAAUCUCUUCUCGAUCACCCUCUCGACUUCUUCAUCGUGUUAUCCUCGGUUGCCGGCAUCAUUGGAAAUAGGGGCCAAGCGGCCUAUGCUGCCGCCAACACGUUUCUCGACGCCUUUGCUCUGCAUCGCCGGCGCCGAGGCCUUGCAGCCACGUCUCUCAACCUCACUGCCAUUAGUGAUGUCGGAUACUUGACGCAGGACAAGGGCAAGCAGGCCGAGGUUAUGAAGAACAUCUCGGGCAGCUCUAUGAGCGAGCAAGAGUUGCUGGCCCUUGUGGAAGCGGCUAUUCAAGGCAAAGUCGGGACCGCUUGUGACGAGCAGUGUAUCACCGGGCUCAAGUUUUCUAACCCUGCUGCGCUACCCUACUAUUCCUCGGAUAGAAAGUUCACCUACCUCCGGAACGAAGCUCUGGUCAAAGUGACACAAGACACGGGCCCGGCCGAGUUGGCAAACUUGACCAUCUCGCAAAAGCUUAGCUUGGCGUCCGAUUCCGGACAAGCUCAGGAGAUCGUUACUCAGGGCCUCCAGAAGAAGCUUGGAGCUAUCCUCAUGGUCUCCGACGAGGUCAUGGCGGCUCAGAUGGAGACGACAGCAAUGACCGCAUUUGGCUUGGAUUCACUUACCGCCAUUGAACUUCGCAACUGGGUUGGAAAGGAGCUGCAGGCUCACCUGCAAGUUCUGGAACUUCUCACGGGUGGUUCGUUGAGAGACUUGGCCGCCACGGUGCUCAAGAAGACGAAGAUCUCGGGAGUCUGGUCCAAUCGAGACCAGACGUAA